AUGGACGAAGACCCAGAAAUCACCCUCCCAAAACUCACCUCCCAACUAACCACCACCCCCCAAGCCUUCCCAACCUGCUGCCUCUCAAUCUCCACCCCCCUCCUCGAAACCCUCACAAGCCUCCUCCCCAAGAAACCAGACUACACCGUCUCAAUCGGCAGCGGCAGCGGCCUCCUCGAAGCCCUGCUAACGCACACCAACGCCUCGCUCCAAAUCGAAGGCGUCGAAGUAAACCCCGCCGUGAACCGCUACAUCGCCGAACAAGACAUGCACGUUGUCACUGGGACGUGGGAUCUGCUGGCGUCGCGCGUGCCCGGCGCGAAGGCAUGGAUGUUUGUCUAUCCGCGCGAGCCGAAGCUGGUGGACAGGUAUAUUGAGGCUUUUGGGAAGGAGGGGGUGGUGGAGGUGAUUUUGUGGUUGGGGCCCAGGGCGGAUUGGGCGGAUUAUGUGGGGUGUUUGGAUGGGAGGGGGUUUGGGGUUGAGAGGGUUGUGGGUUGUGAGGGCGGGUUGGAGGGGUUUGAGAUGUUGGGGGUUGUUAGGCGCGUGGGUUCUGGUUAG